AUGGUGGGUUAUGCCCUCGAGAAGAGGAUAAACAUAAUAUUGAUAGAUGAUGGAUCUGGAGUUAACAUUCUUCCUAUUCGUACAAUGAAGGAACUUGGCAUCACAACUGAAGAACUUUCUGAAAGCCGCUUGAUGAUACAAGGAUUCAAUCAAGGGGGGCAACGAGCCAUAGGUGCUGUCAAAGUAGAUAUCACCAUCGAAGAUUUGCAAUCAAGUGCAUGGAUGCAUGUCAUCGACGCAAAGACUUCGUAUAAUAUGUUGCUUGGCAGGCCAUGGAUACACGAGAACAAAGCGGUGUCGAAAAAGAUAGUUGCCGAUGAUAAGCCAUUUGCGAUCGAAGAGUCACACUUCGUCGAUGCAAAGUUCUACUUGAAGAACUACAUUGUGAGAGAAGUAAAAGUCGACGAUAUCACAACGACCAACAGUGAGAAGGUCGCAACUAAAAGAGCUGAUGAGACCAUUGGAAAAGCUGGAGUCGAUGCUGAGGUGCCGCACCCCAGUCCGAAUAAAGGAAACAUUGUGUCUUUAAAAAAGAAGAAGAAGACAACUCCCGUGCUCUGCUAUGUUCCAAAGUUGAAGAAAGAGGAAGGGCAACCAUCUGAAGCUCAAGGAAAUGUGCUAGGGGGGCUAACUCUCCCUAUCAGACGAAUUGACGCAAUAAAUUUGUCCUCAAAGCUAUUUGGAGACUUCGCUGGGUACAACCCCAACGAGCCAUCAAAGUUAGGGAAACUUCCAUCAGGAGCUAGCAUGAUGCAAUCACGUGAAGGUUUGGGAUACAAACAACCUCCGCCAGUUCGCAUAUCCAUAAAAAAGGAGUGUGACGAAGAUGAGGAAAGUGUAGGUUCUUCAUAUCAUAUUACUACACCAAGUGAUCAAGAUACUUCAUUUCAGAUGGAGGUUGCAGAGAAGUUAGAGAACAUCUCCUCGUGUUACCACAUAUCUUUCAAUGAUGGUGAUCCUCGAGAGGAUGAAGAUGCCAGAGAUGCUCCUCCAGAACUUGAAGAAGGGGUGAAAAUCACAGUAGACUCUUUAAAAGAAGUUAAUCUUGGUACUGAUGAAAACCCAAGGCCCACCUACCUAAGUGCUUUUCUAACAGGUGAUGAAGAAGACACUUACAUGGAAAUACUCAAAGAAUAUAGGGAUGUUUUUGCUUGGAGUUAUAAAGAGAUGCCUGGAUUAGAUCCCAAAGUAGCGAUCCAUCAUCCGGCGGUCAAGAAUGUUAAAUAUCCUACAUGGAUUUCGAGUAUCGUUCCCGUGAAAAAGAAGAUCGCCAAAUUCGAGUUUGUGUUGACUUCGUGGGAUCUUAACAAUGCAUGCCCUAAAGAUGAUUUCCCGCUUCCCAUCCCAGAAUUGAUGAUUGAUGCUACCACUGGUUACGAGGCGAUGUCUUUCAUGGACGGUUCAUCCGGCUAUAACCAAAUUCGCAUGGCACCAAAAGAUGAAGAGCUUACUGCAUUUCGUACACCCAAGGGGAGAAGCUCUACCAUACUCCUUUACUUUGACACAACAUUGCUCCACGCUGAAUAUCAAGCCCUAAUACUUGGACUUGAAAUGGCCGUCGACAUGAAGCAGUUGCAGUUACAAGUAUUUGGAGACUCUCAAUUGGUGAUCAAUCAACUCCUGGGAAGCUAUGAAUUCAGGAAGCCUGAAUUACUCCCGAGGAAAAAUAAGAAAGCCGAUGCUUUAGCUGCUCUAGCUUCAGCGCUUACUCAGCCAGAUCAAACACAAGUGACUAUCUAUCAAAAAUGGGUAGUACCUCCGUCAAAUGAGGAUGAAGGCGCGGAAAGUGAGCUUGAGCAUCUCGUAGCUGUUUCUGAAGCCGCAAGGAAGACCGGCGACAACCCAUCAUUGACUACUUAA